GUGAAAGUGAAAGUCAGCAGGUUUUAUUUUUUUGUGAUCAGAAAAACAUGUGGCUCUUUGGGGGGGAAAAAUCAUCAGAUGAAACGAAGGAAAGGCCUGUCUCACCUGGACCCAGCUGUGUGUCCUUUCUGAGUGACCGCUCAAUGGUGCAGCCUCUCCACUUUACAGAUGGAGCAUCCUCUGUGGAAAGUGAAACGAAGGAAAGGCCUGUCUCACCUGGACCCAGCUGUGUGUCCUUUCAGAGUGACGGCUCAAUGGUGCAGCCUCUCCACUUUACAGAUGGAGCAUCCUCUGUGGAAAGUGAAACGAAGGAAAGGCCUGUCUCACCUGGACCCAGCUGUGUGUCCUUUCAGAGUGACGGCUCAAUGGUGCAGCCUCUCCACUUUAAAGAUGGAGCAUCCUCUGUGGAAAGAACCCCAAAACAGGAACCAGAAAACAGCUGCAGAAAUUGGAUGGAGUCCGUAUUCCAGCUGGAGCACAAAGUCAUCACAUUGGUGAAGAAUGAACUGAACAAUUUAAAGAAGCUACUGAGUGCUGAUUACCCAGCAUGCUCUGAGAGGGAGGAGAAAGCGGAGGAGGAGGAUCUGGACCGUAUUAGAGAGAGUGUGCUGAAGAUCACACUGCGUAUCCUGAAGAACCUGAAGCAGAAAGAUCUCGCUCACCAACUGCAGAUCAAGCGGGCCUCUGUAUAUCAACGAAAACUCAAAUCCAGACUUGGAGAUAAAUUUAAAAGGAUAAAUGAAGGAAUCUCCCAGCAUGGGACAUCAGUACUUCUGAAACAGAUCUACACAGAGCUCUACAUCACAGAAGGCUGGAGUGAAGACAUCAGUGAUGAACAUGAGGUGAGACAGAUUGAGACAGUGUCCAGGAGACCAGUAACGGAGGAGAAACCCAUCAAAUGUAAUGAUCUCUUUAAAGACACGUCCAUCAGAAGUGUGCUGACUAAAGGAGUUGCUGGAAUUGGAAAAACUGUCUCUGUGCAGAAGUUCAUUCUGGACUGGACUGAAGGAAAAGUGAAUCAGGACAUCACCUUCAUGUUUCCACUUCCCUUUAGAGAGCUGAAUCUGAUGAAGCAGCAAAACCUCAGUCUGAGGAAUCUUCUUCAUCAGUUUUUCCCUGAUAUUAAGGACCUAGAAGUAAUAGACAGUGAUACCUACAAAAUCCUGUUGAUCUUUGAUGGUCUGGAUGAGUGUCGACUUCCUCUAGAUUUCCAGAACAAUGAGAGAUUGUGUGAUGUGACCGAGUCGGCCUCAGUGGAUGUGCUGCUGACGAACCUCAUCAAGGGGAAUCUGCUUCCUUCUGCUCUCCUCUGGAUAACCACUCGACCAGCAGCAGCCAAUCAGAUCCCUCCUGAGAGUGUAGACCAGGCAACAGAGGUACGAGGGUUCAGUGAUCCUCAGAAAGAGGAGUACUUCAGGAAAAGGAUCAAUGAUCAGAGCCUGGCCAAUAAAAUCAUCACACACAUGAAGUCUUCAAGAAGCCUCUACAUCAUGUGCCACAUCCCAGUCUUCUGCUGGAUCUCAGCCACUGUUCUCGAGAGAAUGUUGGGUGAAGCAGAGCGUGGAGAGAUCCCCAAGACUCUGACUCAAAUGUUCACACACUUCCUGAUCUUUCAGAUCAAACAAAAGGACCAAAAGUACCAUGGAACAUAUGACCCUGAUCCUCAGCAGACCAGAGAGAGUAUCCUGGCACUGGGAAAACUGGCUUUCCAACAGCUGGAGAAAGGAAACCUGAUUUUCUAUGAGGAAGACCUAAGAGAGUGUGGCAUUGAUGUUCGAGAAGUGGCAGUGUACUCAGGGGUGUGUACUCAGUUCUUCAGAAAAGAAUCGGGACUCCACCUGGGGAAUAUGUUCAGCUUUGUGCAUCUGAGCAUUCAGGAGUUUUUGGCUGCGUUGUAUGCAUUUCUCUGCUUUCUUGACAAAAACCCAACAAAAGAACAAACCACUGCUCUGUCUGGUCUUUUCAACACAUCAGAAAUGUCUGACUUCCUCAAAGAUGCAGUGGACCAGGCCUUACAGAGUGACACCGGACACUUGGAUCUUUUCCUCCGCUUCCUUCUGGGCCUCUCAGUGGAGUCCAAUCAGAAGCUCAUUCGAGAUCUGCUGCCACACACAGGAAGCAGCUCCGACUGCCAGAAGGACAUAGUUGAGUACAUCAAGUUCAAGUUUGAACAAAAUCCAUCUCCAGAGAGAUUAAUAAACCUUUUCUACUGUCUGAAUGAGUUAAAUGAUGAUUCACUCGUGAAAGAGAUCCAAAGUUACAUGAGCUCAGGACGUCUCUCUGAAGCUGAACUCUCACCUGCUCAGUGGUCUGCUCUGGUCUUUGUGUUGCUGACAUCAGAUGAGGAUCUGGAAGUGUUUCAGCUACAGAAGUUCAUAAAGUCAGAUGAAUGCUUUAAGAGGCUGCUACCAGUCGUCCAGCAAGCCAAAACAGUUCUGCUCAGUGAUUGUAACCUGACAGAGAGAAGCUGCUCAGCUUUACACACAGUUCUCAGCUCUGAAUCCUCCAAACUGACUGAGGUGGAUCUGAGCAGUAACCAUCUGGAGGACUCAGGAGUGAAGCAGCUUUGUGUUGGACUGAAGAGUCCAAACUGUAAACUGGAGAAACUGAGACUUUCAGACUGCAGUAUAACAGAGGAAGGAUACACUGCUCUGGCUGAAGCUCUGAGACUAAACCCAUCAUCCCACCUGAGAGAGCUGGAUCUCAGAGGGAACGACCCUGGAGCAUCAGGAGUGAAGCUGCUCACUGAUUUACUCCAGGAUCCGGACUGUAAACUAACAACACUGAGGUUGUUGAAAAGUGCUGCUGCACAGGAAGGCUAUGAUUUCCUUUCUAGGGUUCUGGUUGAGAACCCGUUACUGCAGAGAGAACUCAAUGUGAGUGAGGAAAUAAACGGAGACUCCGAGGUGAAGCAGCUCUCUGCUCUACUGGAGGAUUCACACUGCAGACCAGAGAUACUCAAGGUAAAUAAGAGCGGGAUGGGAAAUGAAGGCUGUGCUGCUCUGGCAUCAGCUCUGUGUUUAAACCCGUCACACCUGAGAGAGCUGGAGCUGAGUGGGAAUCCACUGGGAGGAUCAGGAAUGAAGGAGCUCUGGGAUGUGCUGAAAAACCAACAAUUCAAACUGCAAAAACUGGGGUUGUGUCAGUGCCGUCUCUCUGAGGAAGAUUGUGGUGCUGUUGUAUCGGCUCUGAGAACAAACCCCUCACACCUCAAGGAGCUGGACCUGAGUGAGAACACAAUUGGAGACUCAGGAGUGAAGGAGCUCUCUGAUCUACUGCACAACUCAAACUGCACUCUGGAGAAACUGAAGCUGAGUAACUGCAGUAUUACAGUGAGCGGCUGUACUGACCUGAUAUCAGCUCUUACUUCAAACCCUUCACACCUGACAGAGCUGGACCUGAGUGAGAACACACUGGGAAAUCCAGGAGUGACUCGGAUCUCUACUCUACUAAAGAGCUCAUCCUGCAAACUCCAGACGCUUCGACUUUCAGACUGUAAUAUAACAGAGAAAGGAUACACUGAUCUGGCUGAAGCUCUGAAGUCACAGCGCUCAUCACACCUGAGAGAGCUGGAUCUCAGAGGGAACGACCCUGGAGCAUCAGGAAUGAAGGAGUUUAGGAAUUUGCUGAAUGAUGGAAAAUGUACACUGAGGUUGUUGAAAAGUCCCAAUGCACAGAAAGCUUAUGAUCAUGUGACUAAAGUUCUGGGUAUAAACCCAAUCCUGCAGACGGACCUGAAUCUGAGUGGGAAAAUCGCAGGAGAUUCAGGAGCAGAGCAACUCUCUGCUUUACUGAAGGAUCCACACUGCAGAGCUGAAAAACUUCAACUCCGUGAGUGUAAUCUGACAGAGAAAGGAUGUUCAGCUCUGCUCACAGCUCUCAGAUCAGAAUCCUCCACCCUGAGGGAGCUGAAUCUGAGUCAGAACAGGAUUCAGGAUUCAGGAGUGAAGCUGCUCUCUGCAGAACUGAAGAAUCCACACUGUAAACUGGAGACUGUGAGACUUUCAGACUGCAGUAUAACAGAGGAAGGAUACACUGCUCUGGCUGAAGCUCUGAGACUAAACCCAUCAUCACACCUGAGAGAGCUGGAUCUCAGAGGGAACGACCCUGGAGCAUCAGGAGUCCAACAACUUACUGACUGCAAAACUAACAAACUGACACUCAGGUUGUUGAAAAGUGCUGAAGCAGAGGAAGCCUACAACCUUCUUACUCGAAUGUUCAGUAGAAACCCCUUACUGCACACGGAGCUGGAUCUGAGCGACAUAACAUCAGAAGACGUCAGAGUGGAUCAGCUCUCGGCUCUGCUGCAGGAUCCACAUUACAGACUGCAGAAACUUACACUGAGGAAGAGCGUCAGUGAGAAAUCCUGCACUGCUUUGGCUUCAGCUCUCUGUACAAAUCCAUCACACAUCAGACAGCUGGAUCUGAGUGAGUGCAAACUGGGAGACUCAGGAGUGGAGAAGCUCUGUGAUCUACUGAAGAAACACGAGUGUAAACUGGAGACACUGCGACUGUGGAACAGCGUCAGUGAGAAAUCCUGCACUGCUUUGGCUUCAGCUCUCGGUACAAAUCCAUCACACAUCAGACAGCUGCAUCUGAGUGGGUGUGAACUGGGAGACUCAGGAGUGGAGAAGCUCUGUGAUCUACUGAAGAAACACGAGUGUAAACUGGAGACACUGCUACUGAGGAACAGCGUCAGUGAGAAAUCCUGCACUGCUUUGGCUUCAGCUCUCUGUACAAAUCCAUCACACAUCAGACAGCUGGAUCUGAGUGAGUGCAAACUGGGAGACUCAGGAGUGGAGAAGCUCUGUGAUCUACUGAAGAAACACGAGUGUAAACUGGAGACACUGCGACUGUGGAACAGCGUCAGUGAGAAAUCCUGCACUGCUUUGGCUUCAGCUCUCUGUACAAAUCCAUCACACAUCAGAGAGCUGGAUCUGAGUUGGUGUAAACUGGGAGACUCAGGAGUGGAGAAGCUCUGUGAUCUACUGAAGAAACACGAGUGUAAACUGGAGACACUGCGACUGAGGAACAGCGUCAGUGAGAAAUCCUGCACUGCUUUGGCUUCAGCUCUCUGUACAAAUCCAUCACACAUCAGAGAGCUGGAUCUGAGUGGGUGUGAACUGGGAGACUCAGGAGUGGAGAAGCUCUGUGAUCUACUGAAGAAACACGAGUGUAAACUGGAGACACUGCGACUGAGGUACAGCGUCAGUGAGAAAUCCUGCACUGCUUUGGCUUCAGCUCUCUGUACAAAUCCAUCACACAUCAGAGCGCUGGAUCUGAGUGGGUGUGAACUGGGAGACUCAGGAGUGGAGAAGCUCUGUGAUCUACUGAAGAAACACGAGUGUAAACUGGAGACACUGCGACUGAGGAACAGCGUCAGUGAGAAAUCCUGCACUGCUUUGGCUUCAGCUCUCUGUACAAAUCCAUCACACAUCAGAGAGCUGGAUCUGAGUGAGUGUGAACUGGGAGACUCAGGAGUGGAGAAGCUCUGUGAUCUACUGAAGAAACACGAGUGUAAACUGGAGACACUGCGACUGUGUUACAGCGUCAAUGAGAAAUCCUGCACUGCUUUGGCUUCAGCUCUCUGUACAAAUCCAUCACACAUCAGAGAGCUGGAUCUGCGUGGGUGUGAACUGGGAGACUCAGGAGUGGAGAAGCUCUGUGAUCUACUGAAGAAACACGAGUGUAAACUGGAGACACUGCUACUGUGGAAGAGCGUCAAUGAGAAAUCCUGCACUGCUUUGGCUUCAGCUCUCUGUACAAAUCCAUCACACAUCAGAGAGCUGGAUCUGAGUGGGUGUGAACUGGGAGACUCAGGAGUGGAGAAGCUCUGUGAUCUACUGAAGAAACACGAGUGUAAACUGGAGACACUGCGACUGUGGAACAGCGUCAGUGAGAAAUCCUGCACUGCUUUGGCUUCAGCUCUCUGUACAAAUCCAUCACACAUCAGAGAGCUGGAUCUGCGUUGGUGUGAACUGGGAGACUCAGGAGUGGAGAAGCUCUGUGAUCUACUGAAGAAACACGAGUGUAAACUGGAGACACUGCUGUUAUCUCAGUGCAGAAUAACAGAGAGAGGCGGUGCUGCUCUGACUGCAGCUCUGAGCUCAAACUCCUCACAUCUGAAAGUGCUGGAUCUGAGAGAGAAUGAACUAAAAGAUUCACUCACACAGCUCGAGGAGUUGCUGAAAAGUUCAGGAGGCCGGCUAAUCUGCUGCAUUUUGAACCAGCUGAAGUCGUUUGAUGGUCUUUUUUGGCAGGCCUGUGAAAAGGCCAUUGCAGUAAUCAACCCUACUAGAGAUGAAGGCAUGUAUUAGUU